GCCGCUUCCUCCCAACCGCCAUGAACGUCGCUGCCCUCCUCCAGGACUCACCGUCCGACGACCACGACCACCGCCGCCGGCAGCAGCAGCAGCAGCAGCAACAACAACAACAACGAGAACGGGAAUGGGAACGCGAGCAGCCGCAGCCGCCCCCACGUCGCCGCUCGCCGCCCCAGGAACGCGGCCUCGAGCGCGACAGCAGGCCCACGCCCCCGCACCUUCAUCACCACCACCACCAGCCUCUAGCUCCGAACCCGUCGUAUUCGCCCCAUGCGACGAGGCAUCCACCUCCACCGUCGCCUCCGCACCGAUAUGUGUCCGACUACGAACCACACGGCCAGCGGAUGGCACCGCCACCUCCACUGUCAUCGUCCUCUGGCUACGCACCUCCACCACCGUUCGAGAUGCGACGCCGGUCAGACCCAGAGCAGCCGCGGGUGCAUGAGAUAGCGCUACACCACCAUGGGCCAGCGGGAGGGCAUCCAGGUCCUUCUGCUAUCCCGUACACCGUCGAACAUCGCCCUCUACCACCGCCCCCGCGCCCACAUGCCCACCACUCACACCAGCAUGCCCAAUCUACCCCGGGUGCACAAUCACCGAUGUACAUGCCACCGCCAGCACGCCCACCUCUCCACGGUGCAUCCACCCCCAAACCGGGUCCUCCUGGGCCUGGUGUCCCACCCGUAGGACAUGGCGCCAUCCCGCUCUUUCCGACUCCUGUCGGCCCCGGUGUACCUUCCGGUCCGCCGACGAACAAUGGCCUUCCCCCAGGUCCUGGUAUGCCUCCACUGUCCUCUCGCACGUUGCACUCCCCGCACGGCUUCGCGGGCUCAGGCAUGGAGCCGUCGCCCAUGUAUGGGCACCCGAGCUCAAGCCUACCACCACUGUCAACACCGCAUCACCACCCCUCGCGCCCUCGCACCAGUGGCUCCUUUGACUACCCACGUACGUCGCCCAUCAUGGGCAGCCUGCAACGCCCGCAGUUUGAGCGGGACGAGCACCGACACGGGCCCAGUAACGAGCGCCGUGACGAGCGGGAGCGUGACAUGCGCGACAGGAGUGACCGUGACCGGGACGGUGGUCGGGGGGCGCAGAUGCCUUCCGGAUUGGGCGGUCCCGGGUCCCUGCAUCAGCACGGCGCUGGACCAGGCAUGUCGAUGAACGCGAACGCACGCGUCGCUGGUCCUGGUGCGCCGCCGCCACUUGCUAUGCCGAUGUCGAACGUGCUUUCUGGUCCGGGCGCGGUGCCGAUGGUCGGAGUCGGCGCGAAGGAGCGAGAGAGGGAGUGGGAGCGCGAACGCGAACGGGCGAUGGAGAGGGAGCGCGAGAUCAACAACGCGCGCGAGAGGGAGAGGGAGAGGGAACGGGACAUGCGCAACACAAACGGGAACGGCGGGAUGAUGGGUGAGUCUCCGCGCGACAGGCAUCGUGGCUUGAAGGAGAGGGACAUCAUGCGCGAAAGGGAGAGAGAAGAAGGUAUCGCCGAGAUGGAGGCGCAGCGCGACCGCGAGCGAGACCGGGAGUUGCGGGAGCGCGAUUGGCUUCGGAGGACGCAAAUCCAAGAGCCGAUGCAGGGACUUCCUCCAGGACAAGCGCAGCAACACUCAUGGUCGCGCUUUGCAACACCACGGACUCCGGCGGGGCCGUAUGCUGAAGACGAGCGGGAACGGGAGCGCAGGGCAAUCCAUGAGGUGGAGAUGGAUAGGGAGAGGGUUGCGAGGGAGGAGGCGAAGUUGAGGGAGAGAAGAGAUAGGGAGAGAUUUGCUGAGGAGGAGGCAAGGGCACGAGAGGCGAGGGAUGUCGCGGAGGCAGAGAAGGGACGUAGGAGACCGGCUUCGAAGGAAAAGGCGGCGAGGGAGAAGGAAGAGAGGCGGAUGAUGGCGCGCGAAGAGCAGAUAUCGGAGCAGGAGCGCAAGUGGAUGAAGGAGCAAGAGCGCGAACGCAUGCAGAGGGAACGGGCAGAGAUGGACAGGCGACAGGGCCAGCCGCAGAGUGAUCACCACCAUGUCCGGCACCAACACCAUAGCGUCGCGCCCUCCGGCAAGUCGUCCAAGCCGCCGGGAGGUCUGCCCCACAUACAGCCCGCCUCGGGCCCGCGAGAGCUGCAGCCGAUGUUCGCCAACCCGGACCAUCUUCGACAUUCAAACUCUAUGCAGUUUAGGCAAGGCUCGUCGAAGAUCAUUGACGGUCCUGUCCAUGGUGUGUCGCCCCUUCCGCACGGACAACCCCAGCAUCACCACCAGCACCCUCCCCCACCUCAUCCACUGCACCCUCACCCUCCAAUGCACAUUCAUCCCUCUGCUGUUGGCGGACCCAAUGGCCAGCAUCGCGACACACCACCCUAUGUUCCCGGGAUGCACCCUCACAUGCCCGCACCUAUCGACAUGCUGUAUCCUGCGUCUCGCGCGUCACCACCGCGCAAAUCAUCUUCGAAGGCCCCCACAAGCCGCCUCGGCACCUUCGUCUACCCACGCACGCCCUUCCCCUUCACUGACUUCCCAAGCUCCUCGACGUCCUCGACAUCUGGCUCUGUGGAGCCCGUCACGCUGUACCAAUAUCGAGCGACGAUUCUGAUCCCCUCCGGAUUCCUCCCAACUCACCGACCUGCACGCCCCCGCAUAUGGGGAGGCGCGAUGAUACCUGCCCUCCCAGCCAUCCCGCCGCUCUCCGAGUUCACAUCAGUGCCCUACCGCGACAGCCGGCCACAUGCAUACGAGGCGCGGGGCAUGCGCAGGGUGUACACGGACGACUCCGACCUAUUCUUGUGCGCGCUGCACGCGGGAUUGCUCGCGUGGAGUGAAACCCGACGCGCGAAGGCCGAGGGGAAGGACCUACGCAUGGAUGUGCGAAUCACGAAGGAAGCACGCUUCAUUGGAGGCUUUGGGAGCCCCUACGUGAAUGGGCCAAGCUUCGCGGGUCCGGAGGGCGUUGGUGUUUAUGGAAGCGACGAUGAUGGGAGUAGUCUGCUGAGUGCAGGCUGGGGGAAUAGUCAUGACGGCGCAGGGAUCGAAAUUGUCUCAGCAAAUUGGGUGCCAAAGGGCACAGCGCACGCAUAUGGCCUGCGUAACCGCAAGCAACGGCUCGCGGAGUAUGCUGAGCGGAGGAGCGUCGUAUGUGAAGUGCCACGACCUCGCAAGAAGCGUCGCUUGGAUCGCAUCGUUGUUGACGUCGAUUCGCCAGUCAUCCUCGACGAGCAGCAUCCCGACCUUGAGCUGUGCACUGCAGCCACCAUCACCUUCGGCUUCGGACGAGCAUGGAAGGACAUGCAGUUCAAACACCCACCUCCAUCGCUCGUACAGAAGGAUGCCGUGGGCGCCGCCGAGCGGCUGUCUGACGUCGAGAACAUCCCGCCGAGUCCCUCACGAAAGCGACGGCGUUCAGAGUCACCUAGCGCCGCCCCGAGCACUGAUACGCCGCCUGUCAGCAAGUCAGAUCCUCCCACCAAGCCGGGGCCAACGGAGGAUGUUACGGAUGUCACUUCGAAAGCGGUGCAGCAAGAGGAGCCACCCGCGACGUUGUCCCCUGUCGUUCUUGAACCAGAUAAGACUGCGAUGGCUGUGGAUCCUCCGGAGCCCACGUCAGCUACUUCGCCUUCAGGGCCUACGCCGCCUGUUCAGCCGCCGCCGGAGUCUACUGCUGUAGGCAAUGACGUGACGAAUAUCGCUAUUGAAAGUUGAACACUUGUUAUUCUGGGGGUUAAUCGCGUGCUGUAUUAUGUUGAUACUUGAAGAUCUCUGACAUAAUUCACUGGCUCGUUGCAUAUGUUCCGUCCUUGGUGAUCCGUCCUUGGUGAUGGAUGGCAGGAU